GAUGAAAACUCUCUCAGGCAGCAGCUUAGGAUGUGUGCUAUAGCCAUGGCGGAGGGGCAGCCACAGGAUGCGUUUGUGGUAGGCUGUGGGCAGGUUCUGCAUCAGUCUCCUCAUGUGUCGGAGGCAUCACGCACUGUCAGCCCCGCAACAUCACCUCUUACAUCGAUCAACUGCGGCGUAGAGCCUUCCCGAUCGUUCAAUCGUGGAAGCUCCACCCCUCCACCUGUGUUGCCUCGCCCAGGGGUGAGAGACAAAGCGACACCGCAGUCAGGGAGCUCCAAUGUCCAUUCAAGUGUGCAUCACAGUCCAGGAUCAGAUUACAUCAUCAACCGUCUUGUUCGUGACAUAGAAGCCGGGGUCUUUCCCACGGACGGUCCUGUGGGGGUUGGUGGCGGUGGGAGUCACAAUCCGACUGCAGCCGCACGCUUGUCUCCACGCCCCCCGACACCAGGCAGUGACAACGUCAAUGUGGCGAUCCCGGUCACCGGGGUGGGUGGUUCAUCGAACAGUCCGACCAACGUUGCAGGAGGUGGCGGUUCAUCUGCUGGGGAGCGUGCGGAGCGAGGAUGUGUGAGACCGCCGGACACACCAAAGAACACGAACAAGUGGGGGGGGGGGGGGGGCACGGUGCUUUGCCAAGCACGCAAUGAGGUGAAGACACUUCUUGGUGAGGAAACGGAGGCGAUGGGAAUGGGUCGCACAAAGGCCGGUUUUGGAAGGUCGUUGAAGAUCGGAUGCGGGAAAGAGGAUACAAUCGCGAUGACGGUCAGUGCAACGGCGAGAAGAGGGCAACCACGGGGCUGACGGGGGCGGUGAGAAGGAGGGUGUUAGCGAGGACGUGGGUGGAGGAUCCCAAAGCGGCACCCCAGCCUCUCGGUCGACUGCAUUCAAAGCC